UUUCUGAAAAAUAUUUUUAAAAUGCAAAUUCAACUAAAAUGAUUUGUGUUGGAAAAAUAAAAAAAUUUAAGACAAUGCAGAAGCGCACAACAGAAUAUAUGAAACCUGACAUUCACGAAAUUACCAAAAAAGCCUUUUCAACAUUGAAGACCUCAGCUGAAACUGAGAACUUCUUUAGUUCGGUACUGUUAGGGUCUGGUCUCUUCUCUCUCAACUGGGGUUCUUUCUUCUCCUAGUACUUGGUAAGUAAGUAUUCGAUUUAAUUUGAUGGGUUCUUCUUCAAAUUUUCCUAUCCCUCAAAUCCCUUUAUGCAUUUCUAGUAUUUUCAAUGAAUUAGUUGAAAUUCUGUGUAUUCUGUUGAAGAAAUAGUAUAUAUUAUCUAGGGAUUUGGGGGAAGGGAUACAAAUUAUGCACUUUUUAUAGAUGGGGAGAUCCUUCAAUCGUAAUAUUUGCAUCUUGGCGGUAAACAUAUGGAUGGAUCAGUCAUUUUCUUUUUUGCUUUUCUCCCUCUGUUCCUCUUAAUUGGUGCUGUAAUCGAACUAAUAGUUUAUAUUUCUUCACUUGUGUUUCUGGCGUUUUAAAUGGAAAAGGGGUUUUUUUUUUCUCUCCUUUUGCUCUGUGGUCAGAUCGAUACCUUCUGGCUUUACAUUACAAUAAUGGGAAUGAUCAGUCCUUGCCAGAUUAGUUCAGGCUUUACGUUCUGUGGCAUUAUCUCAUUUCAGAUUUAUGGGCUGGAUUUCUUAUUCAGCCUCUUAUCUUAUGUUGAAGAAAAUAAAAAAUGUCAUCUUGGUGAUCAGGAAGUGUUGUUUAUCUUGCUGGGCCAGUGAUUUAUAGGAGUUGUACUUGUAUUUUUUGUUGGUCAUCUGCUUCUGAAUGGUUUGUAUUUCAUUUUGUAUUAACAGUAGGAAAAUUUAGUAGUGAUAGAAUGUUGAUGUUUGGUCUCUUGAGUGGUUUGAUGUUUGAGUUGUCAAACCCCUUGAAUUUGUGCUUAUGUAGAGUUUAUGAAGAAACAUGGUUGCCAAGAGGAAAGCUUUAGAAAAUGUUGAUGCAAACCCAGUCCCUCUCGGUGCUACCGGGAGGGGUUUGCCUUAUGCUCCUGAGGAUUGGCCUAACCCUGGAGAUGUUUGGAGCUGGAGGGUUGGACGCCGAGUCACUGCAUCAGGGUUCCACCAAGACCGUUUUUUGUAUGCCCCGGAGAGCCUUCAAGAGAAGUCUGGCAAAAGAGUGAUGCUGCAGAGCAAGCCGCAUGUUGUUCGCUUUCUCAAAGAAAAAGUACCCGAUGCUGACAUUGAUGCGUUUUGGGCAUCUUUCACGUGGGAUAUUCCAGGACCGGCAGAGGAUUCCAAAAAAGGUAUAGUGAUUCUUGGUUCUCAUUCUGGCGAGGAAUUGGAUGGAGAGUUCCAAGUCAGUGGUCGCACUAAGAGAACACGGAAAGCUAAAUCAAAGGCAAAAAACCUAAUAUCUUAUGAGGAAUUAGAUGAUGAGUUUGCACUGGAGCAGUCUGAAUCGGUUGCAGAACUAGCAGUGGCGAGUGAGUUAUCCGAUAAUGAUGCUAUUUCUCAAAAUGGAAGUGAGUACGAAUCUCCAAUUGAUCUCAAUUCAAAAGGCCCACAAUCACUUGUUGAAUCUCAAGCUGCAUUGGAUCCACAGGAGUUUGAUAAUUUUCUCAACUCUCUUGAUGAGAUUAUGUCUACGCCAGUUAAUAAGUCUGAAGCUUCUGGAUCUGUCACUUUCCAAAGAGAAGGUCUGACCGAAACACGGGCCAAACUUUCAUCACUUCUUACCAGGGGGUUUUCUGGUUUAGUGACUUCCAGCCAUUUUAAACAACUCACCACCCUAUCAUCCAAGCUGCUUCAAUGUGAUCCAACGCUCAGUCCUACAGAACUUUCCAUGCUUAAGUUGAUCCAGGAAAUCCCACUUGCCAGCAAGAAUUUCCAAGAGGCUGAGAAAUUAGUGAGUCAAGCCGAUAAGUUUUUUGAUAACCUUAAUGCUAAGAUAUCCCGUGUAGCUUCCCUCAAGAACGAGUAUAAAGAGGCAAAGGAGCAACUUGACCGCAGCCAGGCUAAAGAAUCAUCGGCCAUGUUAUCAAUGAUGGAAAUUGACGAGCAGAUUGCAGCUCUGCAAUUGCGUCGGGCAGAAGUCACUGAGACUAUAAAAGCCACCAACAGGCAGAUUGUUGAACAGUCAGCCGUUCAGAAAAAAAUCAUGGAAUCCCUUCCAAAGAUUGUACAUGAAGUUCAGGUUGCCAACACUGAAAAGGAAGAAUGGGAGCUGAAGAAGAACAGAUCAGCUGAACAAGUUGCUGAGAUCAAAGCCAAAUUUGCUCCCCUUGAAGGCUUCUCCUUUUGAUCAUGUAUUUUUACAUUCCAAGAUGCCUUCUUUUUAGUAGUUGUAAUUGACUAGAUGCCUUGGACUUUUGUCUUAUGAAGAUGCUAAUCUCCACUGUGUUUUGAAGGAUGAUCUCUGGUCUAGCUCUUGGGAAUGGAUAUGAAUCAAUGUCUAAUCGAUUUUUCCCCAGGACUAGGUUUGUAAAUUAGUUAAAUUCUUAACUUCGAUUUCCGCAAGAUGAAGUUAUCAGACAUGCUCGGGGAGCUAAUGCAUUGAACAUUUGAACCAAAAUAAGUUAUCCGCUUGAUAUAGUAGUGUUGCACACUGUGUCUAUAUUUUGCUUUAGAAAUUGCAAUUUUUCGUUUAGCCAUUAGACAUUAGUCACUAAUAGCAAUUAUGUUUUGACUUGUCAUUGAUAGCAAUUAUGUUUUGACUUGUCAUUGCAAAGCUCGCAAUUAUGAAUCAAAUAAAAUUAAACCAAAAGGGAAAAAAAAACUAUUAUAAAUUCGACUAUUGUGUUGAUGUUAUAACCUAAAAAUUUUAACUUUCGACCGGCUAACACUAUACUUAAUCCGAUACGCAUGUCCAAAAGAAUCAUUCAAAAAUAAUCCUAUAAGCA